AAUGAAGGAAGAAGACAAUGUUAUCAAAUAAGUAAACUAAUAAAUAUAAUAUAAACCUUAGGAAGAAAACCAAUUUUUUAUCCCACAUUAUAUCAUACCCAUAAACUAUACUCCAAUUCCAAACGAAAUAGAGAAUUAUAAAUUUGCUAUUCAUCAUUUAACAGAGGAAAAUCACUUUUUGAGAAAACAAUUACAACAUAAUCAAGUCUCAGACGUUCUUUCUUUGAAUGCAGAAUAACUAAAAGAUGAAGUAUUUAAAAUGAUUGACUAUAUGAUGAAAAAUCUCAAUUACCUUCCAAAAGAAUAAAUCUUUGCCUAUCGAAAAACCAUUCGAUUAUGUACACAAAGGAAAGCACUUAAAAGAAUCUAUUUCCUUAUAUUUACCAGAUAUUUAUAAGUAAAUUUACAUAUCAACAAAAUAGGCUGAAAAAACAAAAGAAGAAAUGAUUAAAUUCAUUAUUCGCAAAAGUGUGAAGUUUUAGAAAUCCACUAGUACCAUUUAGAAACAAUAAAUUAAGAAAAUGAAUAAUGCAUUCGUCUAGCAAUUAUUUCUAUCAACUCAAUAUCAGUAACAUUACUCAAACUUUUUAAGUAACAAUUUUAUUCUCUAUAUAAUCUAGGUCAAUACCUAUAAUUAGCACUUGAAGAAAAUAAACAUAAAAUUUAAAAAUAUGUGAAUUUUAUUGUGGAAUCAAUAUAAAAUGACUAAAUUGAUGUAAUUAUUCAUUCAUUACAUUUAGGAUGUCUUAAAUUAUAAAAGAUUUCCUUGGUUGAAUGAAUGGAUAUAAUAGUCUGUUUAGAUUGCUAAAGAUCUGCAAUAGACUAGCAAUCCCUAAAGUUCGGAGAAUAAUAAAAAAAUAAAAUUCUGAUU